AAAGGUCAGCACUUCCGCUGAGAUCAGAGGCAGAUGAUACAUUGUAUACAUUUGAUUUAAGUCUCGCUUUUUAGCUGCGCAUUUUGUAGUACACGGUGUGUUUUUAUCCGAGAAUCGACCAAAACACCUUUGACAGCGUUCACUUGGAUUUUUUUUUAUGGCUCAAGCAAAAGAAAACAUCAUCGCCUCAGGCUCUUGUGUACCGCACAGACUCCAGUGAGGGUAGAGCCAUCUGUCAUGGAGCAGGUCUACAGGCUGCAGCGGGAAGUGGGACGGGGCAGCUAUGGCGUGGUGUUUGAGGGUCAUGUGAUGGAGACAGGCUGGUGGGGCCGCAGAGGAGACACAGUGGCCAUCAAACGUCUGCCCUGCUGCAGCCCAGAAAGCAUUGAGCUCUACUUGCAGGAGCUUUGGGCCAUGAGAGCCACUGCCAGGAGUCACCCGAAUGUCAUCGCCCUCCACAACUGCCUGGUACAGACUGGCCCUAAAACGCUUCAGCCACUAAAAUCAGACAAGCUCCCUCUUGACCUCGUGGAGACUGCACUUAAAGGAAGGGUCGUGGACAAGGAGUCUAAAAGUCAAGCAAGAAACAUAGCCAAGUCGAGGAGGGGCCUGGCAUCAACAGGAAAGUUGCCAAAACGCUGCUUGGCUCUGUGGCUGGUGAUGGAGUAUUGCGAUGGAGGAGACCUGAACCAUUACAUACUGUCUAGGAGUCCAGACAUCCCGAGGAACCAUGAGGUGGUUCGGCAGCUCAGUAGCGCCAUGGCUUUCCUGCAUGGAUUGGGGAUAGUGCACCGGGAUCUGAAACCAGCCAAUGUGCUCGUCUGCUUAACUAAGACCGGUCCAGUGAUGAAGGUGGCCGACUUUGGGCUGAGCAAGAUGAUAGACGGCGCCAUGGAAGGAGAUCGGAGCAGACUGGCCCUGUCCUCCACGUGUGGCUCAGACUUCUACAUGGCCCCUGAGGUGUGGGCUGGACAUACCUACACGGCCCAGGCAGACAUUUUCUCUCUGGGCGUCCUUUUCUGGGCCGUGCUGGAGAGGAUCACCUUUCUAGAAGAUGGCUCCAACGAGGAGCAGCUGGGAGCAUUUGUGGAGAAGGGUCGAUGGCUUACACCGCUUGGAGAGGCUUUAUGUCAGAAUCCAGCUCUGCAGUUGGUAAUACCCAUGCGGACACGACGGGCACCGCCAUUGCCUCCGACGCCGAGCCCUGACUUGUGUGCCCUGCUUUUGGACAUGCUGGCAUUUGACCCUGACGCACGUCCCACCGCGCUACAGCUGCAGGACAGAGUUUAUAUGGCCAUAGACCUUCACUGAUCUCUUUUUACUUGCAUUCAUUCUACUUCUGAUAAUUCUGUAAAAUUUUAACUUAAAGUAUUUCUUCAUCCAAUGCCUCAUUCGGCCUUAUACAAGACGUAUCACGUGGUUUAAGUCUGUUGUAGAUGUGUGUUGUCGGUGUUUGCUUGUGUUUAUCAUUGUUCAAAUAUUUUAAAUAAAUUCAUGAAAUAUC